GGUGUCGAGAGAUGGAGUAGAGCACACUUUCAAAACCAUGUCAAGUGUCACAUGUUCUCAAGUAGCAUCAUUGAAUGCUUCAAUGGAGUUCUAAAAAGGAUGAGGACCAUGAGUGGCUUAAUAUGCCCAAAGAUACUGAAGAAGUUGAAUGCUUGCAUUAUGGAAUCUACUAAGUGGGUUGCAAUUUCAAAUGGUGAAGUUAUAUUUGAAGUUACACUACGGCCUAAAAGGUUUGUCGUUCACCUUCAUCACCACACAUGUACGUGUAGGUUAUGGGACUUGACAGGUGUUCCUUGUGUUCAUGCUUGUGCCGCUAUAAACUCAGUGAAGGGAAGACCAGAAAAUUACGUGCACAAAUAUUUUACAAAAGAGUACUUUUUCAGAGCUUAUGAGUAUGAAAUACAACCAAUGGAGAGUACCGAUUUUUCCCCUAAACCUGGUCAUGAGCUCAUACAACCACCAUUGUUAAGGAGGCCACCAGGGAGACCAAAAAAGCAGCGACAUAGAUCAUCAUUAGAAGGCAGGGAUGCUCAUAAAGCGAAAAGAAAGCACGGGAUGAUCAAGUGCAGUAAAUGCAAGCAGUUUGGACAUAACAAAAGAUCAUGUAAAGAAAAUGAGCAAGAAAUAUCUUGAAGUUGUUCCAUAGAAGUAACUCAC